UCCGUAUCAAAGAGGUCAAGAGAAAAAAAAUCCAUUUUCAAAUUUAAGUUGACGAAAAUAGAACGUGUGUUGUGUUUACAUUUUAUUAGUUUUAAAAAUGGCGGAUUUUGGGUCGAAUUUUGUAUUGCAAAGGCCCCCGGGAGCAAUUGAAGCGAUUAGAAAAAUUCAUAAUUUGGACAAACCAGGGAGAUUGGAAGAAGCAUUAAAUAUAUUACACGAUUGGAUUCAAAAACAGCAUCAUUUGACAAAAAAGGACUUUAGUAAGGACUACUUGGAGAGGACUUUGAUAUCGUGCAAGGGUUCCGUGGAGAAGGCGAAGAAGCAAAUAGACAGGCUGUGCACAUUCAGGACGUUGAUACCUCGAUUCUUCACUUGUACUGACGCAAGGGAUUUGUCCUACGUGUCUGAAUAUGCAUCGAUGGUCGCAUUACCGAAGUUAACAUCAGAUUUCUACAGAGUAUUUCUCAUUAAGUUUAAAUUCAAGCACCUCACCAGCGAGAAUAUCCUUGAUUAUUUCCGAUACAGUAUCAUUGUGAGCGAAUACAUCAAAGCACAUGAUUAUGUAAACGGUUUCAUUAUAAUAGAUGACUACAGAGAAACUAAUCUACUAGAUGCUGUGACAAAGCUGAACCCUGUAGACCUGCAACAAUACAUGUCGAUAUUAAUUGAAGGCUUCGGUGCAAGAAUGAAAAGUCUCCACCUUCUAUCAGACUCGAAAGCAGUGGAUUUGAUCAUAAAGCUGAUGAAACAAUUCGUCAGUGACAAGAUUGCUAAGAGGACGCACGUACAGAAGUCUCUGGAGGACUUACACAAGUUUGUGCCGAAGGAUAUCUUGCCGAUAGAGUAUGGGGGCAGCGAGAAGUCCAUUGUUUCGAUACGUAACGACCUAGUAGAAGCAAUCACUUCGAAGAAACACAUAGAAUAUAUGGAGAUGAUGAACAAGGCGUGCACGGACGAGUCCAAACGAGUGGCUGCGAAGUUCAACGAGGAAUAUCUGGGCAUGCCUGGAUCUUUUAGAAAUAUGAGCGUAGAUUAGUUUUAAAAUUUUAGUGUGUAUCAUAAAAAUAAGAUUAAUAAGAAUCCGAAUGUGAGACAAGAUGUAGGGUACUAUUGUAAUUUUAAGUUUUUUGUAUAUUAUUUAACAAACAUGUGAGUUCAAAAUCUUGGAUGUACUUAAUAUUAUAAUUAAAAUACAUAGUGACGGGGUUUGAAAA